UUGGAUAGAAGAACAUAUUCUAUAUUUCACGGCAUACGCGCUAUAAAUGCAUUGAUAAAUAUCACAACGAUGCUGGUGAAGGAGAAGUUGUUCAUUAUUUUUUACAUUGUGUUUUCCUCACUUCUUGCAGAACAAGCUGAAAGUAGAAAAGGAAGAACCUUAAUAUUUCCUCCUACUUCACCGACCAGAGCGCAGUUGAUCUACGGCAUUGGUAUCCCCCUUCCUUUAGAGUAUGAAUCAAUGACGACGGGAUAUGUACUGAAAGCGGAGUAUUUUUUACCAACAACAGCAAUAGAGCUUCGACCAUUAAAACUUCAUCCCCAGCCAGUCAGCAAGCGGCACAUUAAUUCCAAACAAUCAUUCGAAAAUAAUACUCAACACUAUACUGAUGAUUACAAUGAUGAGAGUACUUUGAAUUAUAUCGAAGAUACUAGAAAUGGUGGAAGUGGAAAUAUUGGUAAAUAUCGUUGGGCGAUCUAUCGAGUGGUGGAAACAAUAGGUGCUAGGCUUGGUUUGGAGGGGCGUGUGUGCAUGUUGAGGUCUAUUUGUGAAGCAGCUGAAACACCUUUCCAUUAUAGCAGUGGUCUACUAGGAGAGUUGCUCCAUAUAAUAAUGACCCCAUCAUCAUCAAAUGAUCCAAUAUCGAAGCAUUCAGAUAACGAGUAUUUUCACGCGGAAUAUCUAGGAAGGUCGGGAGCACCCUGCGAUGUUAUAUUUAAGGAAUGUUCAAAAUCCAUCCUAUCAAUAUUUUCAGGGACGCAUACCCUUUUGAAUAAUUUUGCUAAGAUGCUAUUACCAUAAAGUUGAAAUAAAUAAAUGAAUAUUAAGUUGUAAGUUGUAAAAUUUGUGAUAAUAAACGUAAACAGUGGUAA